UUGAAGCUGAAAGUUACCUCGGCAAUGCUCUUAGCAAUUAGAAUAUUAGCUGCCCAGUCAUGUGAAAUCCAUCGAUUAGGACCUAAUGAAUUUAUUUCAAUUGACUGAUUUCCUUAUAUGAACUGUAACUCAAUAAAGUCGUUAAUUGUUACAUGUUGCGUUUAUAUGUGUUCAGUAUAAAUACAUACUGCAAUUCCAACCACAAAACGUCUUAGCUUUGAUUUUGUUUUUGACGUUAUAAUUCUAUUUUCGAGACUCCACCGUGUUGUCAUGGAAUUAUGCUAUGUUUAACAACCAAUCAGCAACUCCGUCACAAGGCCAGUACAAUAAGUGAAGUGGAAUGCUAUGCCGCGUUAAAAACAACUGGGAAAUCUCCGACAUCUGACUUCAGUGCAUUCAAGACAACUGGGAACUCGAAGAAAAAAAAGACUGGGAAUAAUCUUUGUGAACGGUCAUCCAACUUGGAAUUCCAAGUCUGAAACUCGGGCAUAUUUCUAAAGCGCUGACUUUCCGACCUGAAGAUCACAGACGUCAUGAUUUGACCUCGUUUUUUCUCGAGAUCCCAGUUGUCUUGAAAGCACCAUUGGCAAAACAGACUACCACAGUUACUAAACCGGUCCCCAUGCUAGCAUGGGGACAAUAUGCGACGAAAACGUCAUUUUAGCUCGUGACUGCAAUGUUACCAUGGAUACGUAUUGUUUACAAACACCUCUGGGCUGUCAAAAAAUUAUAUUGCAGCUCAAUGGAAAUAGCUAAUCAUGACUUCUGAAGUUUACCUGGAAAUCGUGGGUUUGAUGAAAGAACACCAUUUUCAAAUUGCUAAGAGCAUUGCCGAGGGACUGAAACAGAAGUUUCCCACCUCGUUUUUGGAUCCAACAAUUCGUCCAUUACUCGAAUGUGACUGGCAUGUGUAUCUAACCAAUAAGAAAAGAGAGCUGAAAGGGGAGGUGUGGCAGUUCUCCAGCAACCUAAUGUGUUUCGUGAAUGGCUGUCUCCUUGGCAACGAGAAGGACCUGACCAGCUGGGCUGAGAAGCAGUGGGAGUUUACACUUAUCCGUCCACAUGCACUAUACCUGGCCCUUGCUGACGAUAACUACUCUAAACACCUCCACAGCACUGGGCACACGUUUGUUUACAUGGACAUUUCGAUCCGAGGGGACUCGGUUGGGAGAUUACUGUUUGAGGUGAGGCUGUCAUUUGUAACCAUUGAUCUGACUGGACCUGAAUGGGUAAAGAAGUUGGUCCAGAGUUGUAUUGACAGCGUAGGUCUUCUGUCCACCCAGCUGUUUACAGAGCUGUGUCCGAAGACGUGUACAAACUUCCAGGCUCUGUGUACAGGGGAGGCAGGCCUGUCACAGAGUGAAUUAAUCCUGUCCUACAAGGGUUCUGUGUUCCACCGUGUGGUGCCCAACGGCUGGAUACAGGGGGGAGAUAUUUCUGCACCAGGCAAAGGCAAUGGAGGGGAGUCAAUCUACGGGCCAACUUUUGAAGAUGAGAGCUUUGCAGUCUCCCACAGUAGGAGGGGCAUCCUGGGAAUGGCCAACCAGGGUCCUCAUAGCAACAGCUCUCAGUUCUACAUCACCCUGCAGCCCGCCCUUUGGAUGGACAGACAAUAUGUGGCUUUUGGUCAAGUGGUUGAAGGCACAGAGGUUCUGAGGAGACUUGAGGAAGUCCCAACCUACAAUGAAAGACCCAAACAAGACUGUAAAGUAGCAGACUGUGGAGUGUUUGAACCCUGACAUAACUUUAACUGCAUAUUUUUAUUAAAACCCAGUCUGACAACUGGUCCAGCUCUAUUUUAUUAUUGGUAUAUUCAGUUAAGCUCAGUAAAUUAAAGCUUUAGUCACUGGGGAAUUGGAUUUGUAAUAAAUAUAUACAGUACCA